AGUCACGGCCGUCCGAAGUGCACGUGAGCUUCAAAUGAACGGGGUCUCGUUUCAUUCAGUAACUACCAACCGGCGGUUCUAUUAGCCGCGUCUCGAAUCCGUGUGUAUAUCUCCACCGAGUGCCAUAUACGACACGUGUCUGCAUUUGACGGAUCGAGAUGACGCUGCAGGCGAUCAAAUGGAAAAACGGCAAGUUGGAAAUCCUCGAUCAGAUACUGUUACCGGAGUUUUUCCGAUACAUACCCGUCAAAGGCGUGGAGGAUGGCUGGAGGGUCAUCAAUAGGAUGCAGGUUCGUGGUGCACCAGCCAUAGCCAUCGUUGGAUGCCUUAGUUUAGCAACGGAACUUAAGAACGAAGAGUACACGGAUAAGAAGAGUCUUCGACAGGAUGUCGAAGGUAAAUUGAAUUACUUGGUGUCGGCGCGUCCAACCGCUGUUAACAUGAAAAUAGCUGCCGACGAAUUGAUUCAGUUAGCCAAUAAACUUAGUAAGGAUCAGACUGUUAAUGUAGCAGAAAUGAAGGAGAGAUUUCUCGAUGCUAUAGAAUAUAUGCGGGAGAAGGAUAUAGCCGAUAACAAAGCCAUCGGGGACUUUGGAGCCGAAGAGAUCUUGAAGAAUGUGUCCGGUAACAAUUCUGUUAGGAUUCUGACGCACUGUAACACUGGCAGCUUUGCGACAGCAGGUUAUGGCACAGCUUUAGGUGUUAUUAGAUCUCUUCAUAAGAAAGAUAGUCUUGAACAGGCAUACUGCUCCGAAACGAGGCCGUACAAUCAAGGAGCGCGACUGACCGCUUACGAAUUAGUCUAUGAAAAAAUCCCGGCUACCCUAAUUUGCGACGACAUGGUAGCAGCGCUGAUGAAGUCACGAUACAUUUCUGCGGUCGUCGUCGGUGCGGAUAGAGUCGCCGCGAAUGGCGACACGGCUAAUAAAAUUGGAACCUAUCAGAUCGCCAUAGUCGCUAAAUAUCACAACGUCCCUUUUUACGUGGCGGCCCCGCGAACCUCCAUAGACUUUAGCAUUCCUAGCGGUGACCAUAUCAUCAUCGAAGAAAGGCCAGUAAGAGAGAUGACCCAUAUAAAGAACCAACAAAUCGCGGCAGGUGGGAUACAGUGUUGGAAUCCGGCGUUCGACGUAACUCCGGCUAGUCUUAUCAAGGAUUUUAUCACGGAAGUUGGUGUAUUUAGUCCCGAAGAUUUGAUACAGUUGAAAAACUACAAGAACACAUAAAGUGCCGAUCGACUCGAACAUCGAACGAAGCUUCUUGAUGCAUUUAUACAGGACAAUUAAUUGGUGAUCUCAACGUUAAAGAAAAAAUUGUUGCCAGGUAUUGUUUAUUUAAGAGUUCGUGUUAAAAUAAAAUUGUUGGCAGGUUACGCUUAUUUGAAACGUUAAGUCUAAGGGGUGCAGCAAAAAAAAUGUAUUGUACCGCGGGCGUGCGUGUUUUUGCAUUUAAAAAUGCCUUAUUAACUUCGCAAUGAUUUUUAAAAAUAUAUUUAUACUGAUGAAAUAUCUCGUACGAAUAGUUGUAUUAAAGAGAACUACCGUCGGUCCAACGGAUCGCGAUUA